GAAAAGGUCAUACGCGAUACGGCUCAUUUAGCUGCAGCUGUUGCCCAGUCGGAGAGAGAACUCGAGAAGCUGCCCGCACAUAGCCUUGUUGCAAUGCACGAUGAACUGGAGCGAAUAUUGGCCGACCUCAUGGCAAAAGACGCCGUAGCCGCUCGCAUUCAAGACAACUUGGACUGCCUACCUCAAGACGAAGAGACUCAGGCCCUCUCCUACGGGUUAUCUGAGGUUCGCGCACAUUUGGCGGAACUUGUUACACAUGUGUUGCAAGGACGAGCUGCAGUACAGAACGCCGAACACGGUGGAUUAUCUAAGGAGCAGUCUCUUGUUCAAUACCAGAAACUUCUCUCUGAACUUGAAAAGUGGCUGGCUUCGGCAGGUCAGCUUGUCAGUGCCAAUGUUCAAGACAUUCCAGUUCCGCAGCUUCAGGAGCAGCUCGUUGCCCACAAGCGGUUGGCAGCUGAGCUGCGCCAGCACGAGUCUCGGCUACAGCAACUAUCUUCCAUGUGCGGGGCACUUCAAAGACAACCCGGAGCAGAGCAUCUAGCGCCGAACCUGAUGUCACAGCUUACAACUCUUCAAGACGCUUUCCAGGAACUGAGUGACGUUGUCCCGGCUCGCGUCGCAGCGCUCCAGGCAACAUUACUUGUCCUAUCACCGGCAAGCACAAUAUCCUCUGGAGCGUCACCGAUUCACAGUGAAGAAAUACUAGGACGGGGUAUAAAUACUGCAUCGCAGACUGGAGAUAGUCUUCGGGAAUCUAAAAGUAAAGCAGCACAGACUGAUACUUCUCAAAGAAGUCACAUUCAAGUUCUAAAAAAAGUAGAUGGAAAUCAGGAUGUGAUAGAAUUUGUAACAAUGCCAAAUAUCUCAACGUCUAGUACAUUUAUGCAGAGCUCUACACUUGGAAGUGCUGGAAAGAGUGAUGAUUUACUGGUUGAAGUUAAAUACAAAGACAGAAAUCCGUCGGAAGGUGUCUUAGAAAAUUUACAUUCUGAACUUAAUAUCCUUCACACCGAACCACAUUCUUUUGAAACUGUCUUAGUUGAUCCAGGGGAAACUACAACUGAAGUUAUUGUUGAUGCUGCAGGAAAUAAGAGAGUAAUAGUUCGGCAGCUACGAAGGACACUGGUCACUCAACAGCAGUACGUUUCAUCACAGUGUCAGCAACUACAAACUGUUGUAACAAAAGAUGGGCAAGUGAUUCCUGAAAGUGAAGAGACUGCUUUUAGUCAAAUUGUUCUCCAGGGUCAGCAAACCGCAAUUGCUCGUCAUCAAAACGACGGGACAACUGUUCUUACUAGGAGCCAGGAUUACGCCGGGCGAGUAGCGUCUGGUAUUCACGGCGGUGAAGUUACAGUUUCGGACUUCAGCGGCCAUCCACCAAGCAGCACAGUCACUUUGCAUGGAGCUCCAAACACUGAUGAACUUGAACUUAUGAGGCUACAGGCUCUAGGUCCAGAUGGAAGAUUCGUUCCACCUGUUGAUGCACAAAUUGUUUUGCCUUCAGAGCUAAAAUUAGACGAGCAAGAACUCUUAACAUCAACUUCUAGCGUUCGAGCUACGGUCCAGCAAGUGACACGGCGCGUUGUGCGCCAAAGAAGAAAAGUCAUUCGCAAAAUUGUCAUUAUAGAUGGCAAGGAGCACGUCACUGAGGAAGUGGUUGACGAGCCAGAUGAAGUGGAGGAGAGUGGAGACGCUAUCCCUCGCGUCAGUAUUGAAAUAAGCCGAGGCGGUAACCUUAAAACUGCACCAGAAAGUCAGUCAUUUGUGGAUUUGACGCAAAGCCAACCCACACCUGAACGCCAGAGAUCGAUAGCAGGUCCGAGUAAUCAAUCAACUGACACUUUAUCUUCAAUUGGAUCUUUAGGCUCGAAUGGAAAAUUGGUUUCCGAUUCAAAAAAUGGUGGUAGCCCCAAAGGCAAAAGCCCUUCAGUUUUUGCCCGAUUUGCCAAAAGGACCAAAAAGGCUCUUAAAAAAGUUAUUGGUUCUGAUGGUCAAGAGUAUGUUGUUACUCCUGAUGAUGAAAUUCAGGAUGGCUCUGCGGAGUUCUAUGUUAGUACUGAAGAGCUCCCUCCAUCACCCGGUGCCUCACCAAUCAUUAGAAGAACGAAGAAACUUCAUAAAAAAGCAAAAGGUCCUGAUGGCAAGGAAUACGACGAGGAGAUUGAAGUAAUGGAGGACGGCACCGAUACGGUGAGAACUAUAAGGCGAGUUGUGAGGAAAAUAAAGAUUGUUGAUGGGAAAGAGCAGGUUGUUGAAGAAUUGCUCGAGGUACCAGAUGGGGCUGAAAACAGGUUACAACUUGAUGUUCCAAGUGAAUCGAGUGAUUCACAACCUACUCCAGAAAAGGGGCGACAAAGUCCUACAAAAGAGGCCAAGUCAAAAGAAAGGUGGUCUAUAAAAGAAACAUUAUUUGGCACACCGAAACUAAAAAGGCAAAAAUCAGAGGCAGCCGAAUCAAAACAAAAAGGAGUCAAACCUGAUUCACCUGGUUCGUCACCCACCGCUGCAAAAAAUGCAUAUAAGAAGGAGCAGUCACAAAACUUGACAGAUGGCGUAGUAUCACCAGAGAGCCUAGUCUACACUCCAGAUACAGGUGGUCAAGCAGUCUUAGAGGAAACGUGCGUAGCUGUAAAGGCCUCAUCCCGGUCCCCAUCACCUGAAAAAGAAAACAAAGUUAGCGUGAAAGAUUACUGUGAAGAUUUUAUCAAAAACGAGUGUGUCAAACAUGAAGGUUACCCAGAAAAAAUACUUCCACUUCUCUCCCCAGUUAAACCAGUUGCUCCACCAAGAAAAAAUGUGUCUGAUAAUUCCAGAUCACGAACGCCAACUCCCGCACCACGAACAUCUGUGUCCCCGCAAAGAGAACUUGCGCAGCCACAACCAGUCGAGGAAGAACUUAUGACAGAGACCAUCACUAGUCGAAAACCGUUUGGAGGUGUUAUGAUGGGUGUGAAAGUUCCUGAAGAUGCUAUUCAGCGUUUAAGAAAGACAAAGAAACAUGAUGACAGCGAUAGCAGCUCGAAAGGAAGGGCAACUCCUACAGCACCAGAAAGAAGCAAACAUGAAAUUAAAACUACCAUCACAGGUCCAGGUGGAACAGAAGAAAAGCGAGAAAUCGUUGAAGAAACAGAAACUCUCCCCACUAUAAUAAGUGACACCCUGGGAGAUCACAAUGGAGCGGUCUCAAGUUGGCAAGUGACAACAACAAAAACUGUUAUACCUACCAUAGUCACAAGAGAGGUAAAGAAAACUAGAAAGGUUGUUAAAAAAACAGUUGUUAUUGACGGCAAAGAACAUGUAACCGAUGAACUUUUGAUGGAACCAGAGGAAAGUAUCUUAGAGUCAGUUAUUACUGGAGAGCCAACGACUACAAUUAUUGAAGAAAGGCAGACACGAAGUGAUGAAAAGGGAGAAGAUGAAGCGGACGGCAAUGCACUGCCAGAGUACUACAUUUCAAGAGACGCCAUGAAAAACAGGCCUGAUGAGAAGGUAGAGCAAAUAACAGUGGUGAAAAAGUCUCUAACUGAUGAUGGCGCAGAACAUACAGUUGUUAUACAAAUAAAUGAAACUGAGGAGUCAACUGAGACGACUCAAAUACUGACCAUCAAGACAGUGACAAAAGUGGUAUAUGUUAUCAUCUACCCCGAUGGCCAGGAGCAUGUCACAGAGACUGACUUUGAGGUUCUUCCAGGGGAAACUACACCUAAACGCUACAAACUUCUGCGGAAAGUAGUCCGCACUGUGCAAGUGAAAAACGGAAGCAAGACCGUGACUGAAGAAAAAGAAUUAAAAGAACUUCCGGAGAGCUGGGAUGAUGUGAUGUCUGCCAUAAAUGAUAUUGCUAGGAAAGCCCCCAAACUUCAGAAAAAUGAAACCACGUCUGCACCUUCUCCACCAGAUCGCAAAAAGAAGAAACAAGAACAUUCAUCACCAGAGACUGACACAAAGAGGUCCAAAGAAAGUCAGACUGCCCUUCCAUCAAAGUACGACAACAUUAUCAAAGUAAAAGUAAUAAAAACAAUCCAAGGUGCGGAUGGGAAAGAGCGGGUGUCCAUUGAAAAAUACAUUGAGCCCCUACCUAGUGAAUUAAUUAACCCACUUAAACCAAGAGUUAUAAGAAGGACAAUAAACAUACUCAUAAAAGCUGAUGGUACAGAGGAGGUCUCUCAAGAAGAUAUUGAAGAUGUUUCACCAAAAAAGCCGAGUAUGCUGUCUAAAUUGGUAAAGGACACAAAAGACAUAAUGAGAAAAGUCGUGUCUAGUGAUGAAUCUGAACCCCAGUCUGUUCAAAUCGUGUCACCACCAAGUCCUAUGGCAGAGUUUUACGACCCAUUAGGAGAAAUUACGACACACCCUGGAGAACACGUGAAGACAAUCAAACUCAUUAGAACUGUAAUAACAUCUGAUGGCCUGUUGCAAACAACUGAAGAAGAUAUGGAAGAAGAAGGGUUAAGUGAUGUUAAGUCUAAAAAGAAAACGUCAAAAAGUCGUGACAUAGUCAAAGUAGUGUACCAUCUGACGUAUCCCAGUGGUGACGAAAUUAUUACAGAAACAGACACAGAGGAGGUAAAGCAAGGAAAAUUCAAAAUAGUCAGAAGAGUUUUUAGAACAUACAAAACUGACGCAGGCUUACGAAAACUCGUUCCAAAAGAAGAGAAGGAGGAAAAGAGCAAAAUAGUCAAAACAAUGGAUGAAAUUGUUGAUGAAUUGACAAGCAGCACAGUCGAAUCGCUCACGCCUGCUAAAACAAGUAAAGAGUCUAAGUCUGAAAGCCUUUUGGUAUCAAGAAAAGACGAAAAUGAACAAUUUGAAGCGGACAACAUAAUAAUAACCAAGACAAUCAGGAAAAUCGUAGCCUUGGACGGCACUCACACGACAACGGAGAGCAUUGAAAAGCAAAGUCUCCCAAAAGAGCAGAUAGAUCCUGAGCACCCAAUUAUAAUUCGGAAGACUAUCUAUAUUGUAGUAAGCCCAGACGGCCAUGAACAUGUAACUCAGGAGUACGUCGAGGAAGAAGCAGACAUCGACUUAAAUUGUCCAAUUACUCAGCUAGUGCGAAAGAUGCGCACCCACUUCCCAGAUGUGUACAUUUCAGAAAGUGACAUAAAGAGCCACGAAAAAGAGUGGCUGCAAACAAUAAUAGUAAUUCGAACGGUCCAGAAAAGUGACGGGAAAGAACAAACGACAGAGGGUGAAGUAUCGGAACCAACAACUGUAAUGCCAAAGGACGCUAGAGUAAAGGUUACAAAACUGAUAUACGCCCUUGUGCCAAUAGACGGAACUGAAAAAGUUGUAGAAAUCGAUCUUGAAGAAAUGGCACCAGGAAAGUACAGAAUAAUACGUCGAACUGUGCGAACAGUUGUUCUUUUACAGGGAAAGAAAGUAGUACAAGAUCAAUACGUAGAGGAUGUGCAAGCUUCUGAUGCAUCUUCACUCGAUGAUAUCAAAACUGCACUCUUGGAGACAUUUGCAGAGCGAGAGCCAGCCCAACAAUUGGAUGCAAGUUUCGGAGAAACUCAGGUUCCAUCACAAUCAACAACGAAGUUCAUCCAGGUCGAGAAGGCGUUCUGGGACGAGAGGCCCGACCCCAAGAUCAGCGUGGCCGUCGCCGUGGCCGCGUCUCCCGAGCCCGAGAAGGACAAGAAGCCCAAGGACAAGAAGGAGAAGGCCAAGGAGAAGACGCCCGAGCCGCAGACCCCGGACACCAAGAACAAGAAGGAGAAGAAGCCCAAGGACAAGGCCCCCGUCGAGGAGGUCAAGUCCAAGGCGCCCAAGGCCGAGGCGUCGCCCAAGGCCGGCAGCCUGGAGAGGCAGACGAGCCCCGUGGGCGAGAACAUCAUCAAGGUGAAGAUCGUGAGGAAGGUGAUUCACGCCGACGGCAAGGAGACGGUGACCGAGGAGAAGCGGGAGGAGCCCAUGCCCGCCGCGCUGGUGGACCCGGCCAAGCCGCGCGUCAUCAAGCGCACCAUUUACAUCGUGGUGCGGCCCGACGGCCUGGAAGAGGUGACCCAGGAGGACGUCGACGACCACCCCGAGGGCGGCAAGGGCUCCAUCUUCUCGCGCCUCAGGAAAAUCAUCCGCAAGGUGAUCGGACCUGACGGCAAGGAGCACAUCACCGAGGAGGACGUGCACUUCCCCGAGCUGUACGUGUCCCAGGACCAGCUCAAGAAGCGCCCGGAGGAGUGGGUGCGCCGCGUCAAGCUACGUCUUCUGACUUGCCAUCUCCGUCUCCUCAAACUAAAGUAGUCAUGAGGAAAGUUAGAGUUAUUACCAAACGAGUUGAGUCCGACGGCGCUGUGAAAGAAACCUUUGAAGACAGAGAGGAACCAGAGGUUCUAACAUUAGAAGAAUACUCCCAAGAACAAUUUAGGCGUGCUCGCAAAAUUAUUACAAUUUUAAUUCACCGGGACGGUGGGGAAGAUGUAACUGAGGAAUUUGUAGAUGAAAGCGCUGACGGCGAUGGUAAACCGUCUGCAUUUGGCCGCCUGAUUAAGAAAACUAAGAAGAUUCUGACGAAAGCUUUGAGCAGCGAAGGAGAACCUAAUCGACACCCUGAUAUUACUUCGACUCAUGUUGUGGUCCCACACCAAUUAAAGAGCAUUCGGCGUGUUGUGAAACGCGUUAUUAACACCAAUGGUGAAGAGCACGAGGUUGAGGAAGUGUUUGAUGAGCCGUUAGAAGGAAGUGACGAAGAGAAACGUUUAGUACUCUCGCACCUUGUGAGCACGAAACCCCAUCACAAGGUUACUGGCGAUGACGGAACUAAUCUGAAUGUGCAUGAUGUUGAACAUUUGGGCUCUGCCGUUUCUUACGUAAUUAUCGAAGAAACUGUUCCGUCUGUUACAACAGGACGAGUGUUCAAAACACGGAAGGUAAUUAAAAAAGUCACUUCUCCUAAUGGAAAGGAAUCUGUCGAGGAGGAAAAUGAUGAGCCAUUGGAUGUUACUGAUGAAGCAAAAUCACUGUUGUGGGUGAGAAAAACAACUUACAUUAAUAUUGACCCUGACGGCCGGCAACACGUCACAGAAGAAGUUGAAGAACCUGCAAUCGGGGAAGAGUCCAGCGAAGUAAUAGCUACAACUGUAACAACCACUCGAAAAACUAUCCAGAAAGUUGUUAGUCCGGAUGGAAAGGAACAUAUUUAUGAGAAGACAGUAGAGGUUCCCGAGGUAGGAACUGUUUCUGCAACUCUUUUAACUCCGCUGAACGUAAGUAGCCUGCGGAACCUCAAAGGUGCCAGCACGUCUCCUGAGGUCAUGUCUGAGCCGUCUCUUGAUUUCAUUUCACGUGAGAGGCAACAUCACGACGAGUCUCAACAAAAGCCAAGUAGUGCAGACACUCAAACAACUUUUGUUAGACGUUUAGUAAAAACAAUUCGCAAAGUCAUUGGUCCGAAUGGAAAAGAGACUAUUACAGAAGAGUUGACGGAGGAACCCGUCCAGGUCCCCAAGGGCGAAAAUGAAUCGAAGUACAGAAGAAGUCGUGUGGUGACAAUUGUGGUUGAGCCGAGUGGAAAGGAACACGUGACAGAACUAUUUAUUGAUGAACCAGAGACUCCCUCUCCGAUCGGGCAUGCGUCGAUUGCUACAUCUCCAAUGAGCCCUGCGCUAAUUGAGAAAGACCCGAGGGGGUCAAAAAUAGUCAAUGUAUCCCUUCAGCUUCAAGGCAAAACUAAUGAAAAGGGUCCGACGCCGCAGAUAAAGUCAACAGUGGUGAUGGAGAAAUCUACCACUCAUCCAACCCUUGAACUAACUAAACAAUGGAGCACAGUUGACAUACCAAGCCCAGAGUUGCUUGAAACACUCAUUCCCGUCGAAGAACUCAAAUCACUCGAUGACAUCUCAGUUUCUUCGUCUUUGGUUGAGUCGACUGACAUCAUUGUACCAGAGGACACAGUUUCAUCAGCUGCCUCGCCACUACCUACAGACGACGUCCUCCGAAAGGAUUCACACACACCACUGUCAGAGUUGGACAGUAACACAAAAACAUUCGAACACGGCUACGAGCCCGAGGACGCCACAACAAUGGACGAGUUUUCACUCAGCGAAGACUUCACUAGGCGGGGAAGAAAGAAAACGAAGAAACGACAAAAGCUGCCUGUGAACUGGUCUGACUCUGAAACCAAUGUGCCUCGGUCAAGCCCCGCGACCCCUUCAGCUGCCACUUGUGAAUCAGACCCGGAAAUCAAGCCGGCCGCAAUGACUGCUAUUGAAGCUUCAGUAGAAUCUGUGAGAAGUUCGGCUCAUACUAUACCGUCGUCCUCUCCAGAUGAUAUUGUCCGCGUUGUGGAGGAAAGUGUCAUAUCAAGUCCCUCAAGUGCAGAGGCAAGUGUUGGCCUUUCCGGUCAUAUUGCUAAGUCAAUUCCAGUUCUUGAGCGGGUGCCGACCCAAGAAGGUGGGGCCCAAACAUCUCAACCAGUAACUGCGCAAAUAGCAACAGAAGACCUGUGUGUUCAAACUGUGCAGGAACCAACAAUUGAGGAAUCGGUGCAAACAUCCCCACGUCAGCAAGAUGUUCCUCAGAGCCCAGUCAAAAAAGACCCGGGUCUAGAAGAAGCAUCGCAGACAAGCUCCCCCGAGCGUCCCAAACUGCUUUCAGCCCAGUCGCAGACCGUCAGCAUGGAAACAAAGGAUGAUGGAAUGCAGACCCUGUCUCCUGUCACUGAACCUCAAAGACCUACAUCAGAGCUGUCGGUUCAGACAGAGACGACUAAGCAAUCAGAAAGCAGUAUGCAAACAUCUAAGCCAUCGAGUCCGAAACAAACGUCUGUUCAAUCUGGUGAAGCCGGUGUUCAAACGCCAUUGCCUGAAAUUGACUCCCAGAGUGUGCAGACAGUAACACCUGGACCCUCGGUGGAAUCUAGUGUUCAAACCUACUAUGCAACAAACGAAGCAGGUCAACAAACCACGAGUCCGAUUCAAAUUAUUCAGAAAGAAGUGGCAACAUCUGUUGCGGGCAUACAGACAUCCCCAAUUCCUCUUGCAUCUGAUGAUGACCUUCUGUCGUCCUCUAGUUCAGAUCAGCCGAUUGAAGUUACAAUUAAAACAUCUGUCACAGUAUGCCCAGGGCCAGAUAAUGUCUCUGUGAGUAGCGUUACCCUUGGAAAAGACGACCUGAGAGAUUUAAAAUCCAAAGCGAAGCGUGGGUCUAAGGAUAAAAAUGUUGAGCCAGACGUGAAAACUUUGACUCAAAACUUCAUUGAAGGUGAGCGUCCUAUUCAGUCGCUUGAGACACCCCAGCCAGUAACAGGCCCAGCUUCGGAAAAUCGACUAAGCAAAACACUGAGACGUGUGAAAACAAGUUCUAACUAUCCAUCCAGACGGCCAAAUGUUCUUUACCUAGUAUCGGUUCAGGGUGAUCAACCGCUUGACCCUGCCAAGGAAGAAGAACGAGUAAAACGACUCAUUCGAGAUUUGCCAAAGACCAAAAAGGGCGAAAAGGAGGAGGCCGCAAUUUCAACCCUAGAAGGCGUAGCAACUUGGCUGCAGGCUAUUGAAUAUCAAAUUCUAAUGUUGAGAGAAAUUCACGCCAAGGAAGGCCCUUCUGUAGAGAGAGUUAAAGAGCUUGCAGCCUUAGAAGCCAUGGCAAACCGAGCCACAAAAGCUGGAAGAGACGUAAACUCACAUCUAGGCCCACAAAAUCAACUCACCCCUUAUGUGACGUCAUUGAUUGAACAAGGAUCAGACGUAGGAGAGCUUGCAAAGGAGACGAGAAAACAACAAGAAGAUGAUCUCCACAGAUGGAAUGAAUUUUUACACGACGUCGAUGUAGUGCAUGACCUAGUACUCGGUACAAGGGUGCAGUUGGAGGCUGUCGCUUCAUCUGAAGCGCCAGCGAGGGAACUGAUGGCCCGUAUCGACCAGAUCGACAGCGAAAAUGCAACUCACGCAUUAAGAGUGUCUCAACUGCUAAAAACCGCCCACGAACUCCUUCGAGACUUCCCUGGCCAUGACCUUCCCCCAGAAAUAUACCCCCUUCAAGAGAUCAUCAGACAGAGCCGGCAAGACAUUGGUGAAAACAGAGAGCGUCUCGAGCAAAGGAUAGCCUUAGUAGGAGAAUAUGUUGCAACGCUAGGCGAACUUGAACAAAUCACAGACGUUGCAGAGGCCCUCGUUUCUUCUCCAAUUGCUGUGAAGGAUCUUCAAAAUCUCCAAGAUGAGAUGCAAAAGCACCGCAAGUUCUUCGUGAACCUGAGCCACUGCCGCGGCCUGCUGGAGUCCCUGGAGGGCUCGCUCGACCCGGAGACUCGCACCGCCCACGCGGCCCUCCACGGGCGCCUGCACGCGAGGGCCUCCGCCAUCCUGGACGCGGCCUCGUCCCGCUCCCAGCAGAUGGCGCUGGCCGCCAGCCGGUGGACGCUGCUGGACGCGGGCGUGCGCGAGGAGAAGAAGUGGCUCCAGGUGGCCCGGGAGAGACAGCCGGACCUGAGCUCGGUCACCUGCAACGACUUUGACCAGUACAUCUCUCUUUACCAGUCCCUACAGUCAGACGUGGCUCUGCACCACGCCCGAAUACAACACCUGACCAACACGGCGCACCUGCUGCAAGCCAUGGUGAGCUGCGCUGGCCUCGAAGAGACUUACGACGAGUACCUGGAGACGGUCCUGCGCCUGCGGGACAACGUCAACGACAACGUGCACCGUCUCGAGGCCUUCCGCGAGUCUUGGAGAGCUUACAAAGUUCUGAUGGACCGCCUUGGUUGUUGGCUGUCGGAGGCUGAACUCGAGCUUGACGAAAUGGAAAAGAAGACGCCGACGGAGAACAUGCGGCGCUUCUGGGAACUUAAGGCCCAGGUCGAGCUGCACAGCCAGGUGCGGGCGGAGGCUAGCGCCCACCUAGAGACGGCCCUGCGCGUCAUCCCCGUCUCGGACGAGAUGCAGCGACGCGCCGCACACUCGGCGGUGGACGAGCGCUGGCGCAGGGUCGUGGCCCGGGCGGACGCCAUGCAAGAGUCGCUCACAUCCGAGCUCAGAGCGCAGGAUGUGCCUGUCGCCAACAAGCUGCGACUCCUUGAGCGGGAGCUGAUCGAGCUGGGCGCCGCACUCGACGACAUGCACGGCGUCAUCAAGACGCAAGAGGAGCUCAGCCUCUACGUCGAGCGCCUGCAGGUCAUGAGACAUCGCACGAUCCACAUUCAAGAAGACCUUAGCCGCCUGGGCUUGCUGCCCACGGCGGAGAGCGACCAGGUCGGCGCUCUGCUCGGCGGCGCGCGCGCCCUGGAGACGACGCUCUCCGAGGAGGCGGAGAACGCCGCGCUGCUGCUGGACAAGCUGCAGGCGCUCGACCGCGGCCUGGCCGCCGUGGCGCGCGAACACCGGCGCGACGAGGACGCGCUGCGCUGCUGCGAGGCCAGCGAGGGCGAGGACAGCCAGGUGGUGGAGCGGGCCGUGCUGGAGUGCGAGGCGGUGGGCCGCGACCUGCAGGACCAGUGGCAGGACCUCAUGGCGCUGCGCCAGGUGCUGCACUCGCUGCCCAUGAGCCUGCGCGUGUCGGUCUCCCCCGGACACCUGGAGCGGCGCAUCUCGGCCAGCCAGGACGCGCACGCCGGCCUGGAGGCCAAGUGCCAGGCGCUGCUGGGCUUGCUCGGCACGCGCCUGCAGCUGUGGAAGACGUUCGAGGACCGCCUGGAGGCCGUGCAGUCGACGGUGCAGGAGGCCGACUACAUGGUGGAGCUGCUCUCGGUCGGCACUUCGCUCGACCUGGACCGGCUGGUGACGGCCACCGAACGACUCGAGGCCGUGCGCUCGUCCCUGUCGGAGAGCGGGGACCUGGUGGGCUCGCUGGCCGCGGCGGCCGAGCCGCUGCGCGCCGUGUGCUGCCCGGAGGUGUCGGCGCGCGUGGACGCGGCGGUGCGCGAGGCGGGCGAGGCCUGGGACGGCGCCCAGGAGCAGGUGGCGCUGCUCACGGAGCGCUACGAGCGCGUCGUCGACCUCUGGAGGCGCUACCGCGACGCGGCCGACCAGCUGCGCGACUUCACCGACCACCUGCAGCUGCCUCCGGCCAACCUGCCCCCAGAGGAGCUGGCCAAAGCCGUCCAGGUGAGUCAAAACUACACACGAACUACGUUCUUACAGGAGGCAAUGCACAAAGAGGUGUCCAAGCCCCACCGAAAGAGCGAGAGCGAUGCGGAGGCGGGAGAACGGCUCGUGGCGCUGCGAGAACACCUGCUGCAGCUGGGUGCCACUGAGGGACAGCUGCAGGCGCUGCGGGACAACUCGGCCGAGCUGACCGACCACACACCACCCGCUACGCCGGACCCCGCCCGGGAGACGUCGGUCGUUGAGAUUCUCGAGCUGUGGCAACAGGUGUUCCGCGACACCUUCCAGCAGUACCGCAGCCUGUCGGCGCGCCUGGUGCGCUCCGAGGACGGCGUGGCGGCGCUGCGGCUGUGGCAGGAGUACCUGCUGAACCUGCAGGCCUUCCUGUCGGCCGGGCUGCCCGGCGACUACGACGCCCUCACCCAGCACCAACACCAGUGCGAGGUGCACGAGAACCUGCUGACGAGCCAGGCGUCCGUCCUGCUCGGCGGCGCCAACCUGGAGCGCGGCGACCCGGCCGUGGCGCAGCAGCUGCAGCAGCUGAACGCGCUGCACAACGACACCCUGGGCCGCAUCACGGAGCGGCACGAGGCGCUGCGCUACAUCUCGCUGCGCCGGCUGCCGCAGCUGGCGCAGCGCAUCGGCGAGGUGCUGGCCAAGGUGCCGUCCGGAGAGCAGCAGGCUGGCGAGCUGGCCGGCCUGCAGGGCCGCCUGCUGGCGGGCUGCGACGAGGCGCUCGCCACCUCGGUGCGCAUGGAGCACGCCGCCGUGGCGCAGCGCAUCAGCAACCUGCGCGCCGGCCUCGAGACGUGGCGCGACUUCCUCGUCAAGCUGCAGACCCUGGCGCAGGAGUUUGACGCGGGCGCGGAGGCCGCGGACGCGGAGCUGGGCGAAAGGCUGGGCGUCAGCGAGGAGAAGCUCAAGGAGGCUGUGAGCCCGACGGACCUGAAGGCGACGGCGCAGCGCGUUAGGCUGCUGUGGCAGAAGCACGCCGACCUAGAACACCGACUGCGCACCCGCGCACUCGCACUGCAGGAGGCGGACAGCGAGCGCCAACGCUACGUUCAGCGCGCGGACCGCUUCCUGCGCUGGGCCGGUGAGCAGGCGGCUCGCCUUGAGCGCCUGGACAGACCCGGAGGACAACUGGAACCCGACCUGGACAUGGCCAUGACGGACCCGGCCGAAGCACUGCGCCGCCUGGAGGCGGGCGUGAGCGCCGAGGUGGACGUGAAGCGGCGCGAAGCGGAGUGGCUGCUGCAGGCCGCCAAGGACCCCAAAGAGCAACAACCCAAGCCUGUGGCGGAGGCGCGCGCCCGCGUCCGGGACGUCUGGGAGCGCGUGCAGGGGCUGCUACGCGCUCGCACCGACAAGCUGCAGCGCGUCGUGGAGACGGCCGCGCAGCUCCAGCGGCGCCUGGACGAGCUUCGCGCGCGGCUGUACGCGCUGGAGAAGGAGCUCAAGAGGCCGCUGGAGCUGGACGCGCCCUCGCAGAAGGCCAUCAACAAGCGCCUCAAGGAGCACGAGGAGCUGCAGCGCCGCAUCGAGCACGAGGCCAAGGAGUUCGGCGACGUGAACCGGCUCUGCGACGUGGUCCGCGGCGACUGCGACGCCAACACGGCGGCGAGCGUCGUCAAGACCAUGGAGUCGGUGGAGGCGCGCUGGAAGAGCGUGUGCGCGCUGUCGGCCGAGCGCAAGCGCACCAUCAAGGACCUGUGGAAGCUGCUGCAGGAGCUGACGGAGCUGUGCGCCAACCAGCGCAAGUGGCUGACGGGCGCCGAGCGGACGGUACGGGAGGUGCGCGAGGCGGCCGACGGCCCUGUGGCGAAGCGCGACCUCGGCCGGCUGGUGCAGCGGCUGGACGCGCUGCUGCGCGAGGUGGCGAGCCGGCGCAACAGCCUGAACGUGGUGGAGACCUCGUACGGCCGGCUCUCGCGCGAGCUCACCAACUGCCCCUCGCUGCUGGGCGAGUCGCGCGCCCUGGCGGAGCGCUGGGCCGCCGUCGGGCCGCAGGCGCAGGAGCUGCGCCAGUUCCUGCUGACGCUGUCCGCCUCGCACGACAAGUUCGAGGCGGCGCACCGCGAGGCCGUGCUCGUGCUGACCCAACUCGACGCGCGCCUGUCGCAGCUGCAGCUGCAGGAGCCGGCAACUCGAGACCCGAGGCAGCUGCAGGCGUUGACCCAAGACCUGGAGAGCCGCAGCGCCCUGCUCACCACCGCUGACCAGCUAGGCCUAGAGCUGAUGCGCGCCGCGCCUCAAGACGAGGUGGAGCGACUGCAGGCCCUGGUGGAUGAGUACCAGGGCCUCUGGAGAGACAUUCGCGAGCGGCUGGAGACGCUGGCCCAGCAGCAGGUGGACCAGGGCGUGCAGGUCACCACGCUGCGCUUCGAGACGGAGGCGGCCGUGCAGGUGGACACGCUGCCCAAGCGGCUGACGGCGCGCGACGGCUACCUCCACGAGUUGCAGUCGGGCCUGCGCGAACUGCGCGCCACCACCGACCGCCUGGAGGACCUGCUGGUGCAGGGCCAGGGCCAGAGCGGGCAGCCGCACGACGCGUCGCUCGCCUCGUCGCGCGCCCUCGGCAAGGCCACGGCGGCGUGCGAGGCCUCGCACGAGCUGGUGCGCCACCUGCACACGCUGCUGGUCCAGCAGUGCAGCAUGACGCCCGCCGAGGCCAUGGCCGACGACGUGGCCGUACUCGAGGAGCGCUUCCUCACGCUGCGAGAGCAGGCGCGCCAGCGCGAGAGGGACAUCCGCGAACUGAGGUCCUCCUAUAUCAGAGACUACGCUUUAUACUGUUCUCAUGGUAAGCUGACCUGUCCUCUGUGCUCUCGAAGAAACUGGCAGCAGUUAGAUAACGAUCUCUGGAGGCUUGAGAAAUGGCUCGAACAUGCAGAGGCAGAACAGUCCGUACAGACGACUCCCCCCUCUAGCAUAGAGCAGCUGGAGGACAUAAUACAGGAGCAGAGAGAGUUCCUUCUCAACCUGGACAGUCACCGUUCAAUAGUCAAAUCCCUGAACAUUGUCGGAGUACACCUUGCCGAUCAUACUGAUGACGAAGAUCGAGCUCGCGAACUGCGAGCUCGCCUGGCCAGCGCCAACACCCGCUGGGAGGCUGUCUGCAGGGCUGCAGGAGUGUGGCAGACUAGAUUGCAGACAGCUUUAAUGGAGAACGAUGAAUUUCAUCAAAUGCUUGAAGAGCAAACCAGGUGGUUGAUCACCACGGAGGAAAAUAUUCAGAGUACUGAACCAGUUGAUGUUACAGAAGACUUAGUGGUGAUUGAAGCAAAAUACUUGAAAUUUAGGGACCUUCACGCUGAACUGGAACGCUAUGAACCACGUGUCAUGUCACUGCAAGAGGCUGCUGACAGUCUUUUGCGUCACACUGACGCACCAGUGGGAGCUGGCUCCACCCUUCAGAGACUAACAGAUCUCCGCCUUCGACUGCAAUCUUUGAGAAGACUUACUGCAUUGUACUGUGUGAAGCUGGGUGCUGUCCUUGGUCGCUCACCUGACGAGCUGGAUGGGUCUGCUAGGGUAGCAUCAUUAGCCAGCUUAAGCAGUGAGCUUCUGGACCAAGCCAGUGGAGGCCAGCUUCAAGCUUCAACACAUUCCAUCCAGGCAAAUUUGAAAUUUACUUUAAAAUUCCAAGGAUGUGCUGACAAUGGCUUGGGCGGCGACGCCGUCGACACCAGAGUCCUAACAAGGGGCUACAGGUUCCUCGGCCGCGUACUGCGAGCGUCGUUGCCCAUCCAAGCCCUCAUGCUGCUCCUUCUGGGCGUGGCUUCCCUCAUGCCCGCCGAUCAGGACUACUCCUGCGUCCUAUCCAACAACUUCGCACGCAGUUUCGAACCCAUGUUGAGGCCAACAAUUUCAAACACUGAAAUGUUCUUGGAAACCAGGGAGUGGAACACUUGGUUUCUGAAAACAUUUGAUUUGACAAAUGCAUUAUUGCCAAAAGUUGCUUGUAUAAGUGGGGGAGUGGAACACCCCACGUACCAUGAGAUCAAGAUUGAAAGCAUAUUAACUAACAUAUGUCUAAAUUUUAAGAAUGGUGCAGUUUUGUAA